UUUUAGCUCAGCUCAGUUCGCUACUCGCCGCCAACCAGUGUGGACGUGAAAUUGUGAAAGGCUGCCGGGAUUUUCGGAGAGAAUCUAAGAAAAAUUAAGCAACUGUGAGUGGAAGGAAGACAUAGAAAAAAAGUGUUGAUAACUCUGUGAGAGUGAUUUUUUUUUUAAAGAGGUUUGGGCUUCCUGCAGACAGCCAGACAAGUGUCGAACUCGGAGAAGCUGAAGGUGAAGCGAUUGUUUAUCGAUCUAGAGAAUGACUACAGGUGCCAAAGGAUGGCUAACGUGUCGCCAAGUGCUGAACAUCAUGGUCAUAUUCGGCUUCAUGCUGAACUAUGCGCUGCGAGUCAACUUCACCAUUGCGAUCGUAGUGAUGGCCAAAACGUUGAAAAAUCUUACGGAGGGCGCCGGCGGUGACGAUCUGGGCAACGGAACGGCCCUGGCUUUGUCCGGGGUGACUUCGACCACCGAGGAAAGCGUAAUUGCUGAAGAGGACAAAUUCGAGUGGGAUGCCUACCAGCAGAACCUGAUGCUGGGAAGCUUCUUCUGGGGUUACGUGCUGACGGAACUUCCGGGAGGUCGUCUGGCGGAGAUCAUUGGAGGACGGCGCGUGUUCGGAUACAGCAUGCUGUUCGCUAGUGUACUAACCUUGCUUACUCCCAUAGCUGCCUACACCAAUUAUAUUGCGGUUGUUAUAUUGCGAGCCGUUCUAGGAUUCUUCCUGGGAGCGUCCUGGCCAGCGAUUCACCCGCUGACUGCAGUCUGGAUUCCGCCCAUGGACAGAUCCAAGUUUAUUGCCAACAUGAUGGCAUCGUCGCUGGGUGCGGCCAUUACCAUGCCAAUCUGCGGCUAUCUGAUCGCUACGAUCGGCUGGCAGUCCGUGUUCUACUUCACCGGAGGAUUAGCCCUGCUGUGGUCGAUCACCUGGUUCUUGGUGGUCUUUGAAACCCCGGCUUCUCACCCUCGUAUCACGGCUGAAGAGCGUAACGAGAUCGAAACCGCCAUCGGUGCCGGUUCCAAGGCUAAGAAGCCCACGUACGUGCCCUGGAAGUCGAUCAUUACCUCGCCUCCGGUCUGGGCUAUCAUCCUGACUCACGGUGCCUCGGUGUUUGGUUUCUUCACCGUAGUCAACCAACUGCCCACCUACAUGAAGUACAUCCUGAACUUUAACAUCAAGGAGAAUGGUCUGCUGUCAUCGUUGCCCUACUUUGGAAAGUACGCCAUGGCUGUCCUCUCGUCGCACCUUGCUGAUCAUCUGCGCAAAACCGGCGCUCUGACCACCACCGCUACCCGCAAGAUCUUCACCGCGUUCGCCGUGAUGACGCCCGGCUUCCUGAUGAUCGUGCAGGUGUACAUGGGUGAGAACCGCUCGUGGGCUGUGGGCAUCUUCACGCUGGCCCUGUUCCUCAACGGUGCCGUCACCGCCGGAUACCUUGGCAACGGUCUCGAUAUCGCGCCAAACUUCUCCGGAACCAUCUUCGGAAUGGCCAACACGCUGUCCUCGUUCGGUGGAUUUGUGUCCGCGUACAUGGUCGGAGUGCUCACGAACGAUAACCAAACCUACGGCCAAUGGCAGAUCGUGUUCUGGAUUCUGGCGGUCAUCUACAUUGUCGGCUCGUCCGCUUACCUCAUCAUGGGCACCGGCGAGCUGCAGCCGUGGAACAACCCACCGGAGAAGGGCGCCAUCGAGAACCGUGAGACUGAGGAGGGAGUUCCGUUGAAUCAGCAAAACCAAAACAACAAGUAAAUCUCAAUGCCUCAACAAUUGUGGUAGCUCUGGACCAAUGGACCAACUUAGAAUCGAUACUUAUCUUUUUGUACGCGAGAAUCGCCAAGAAACCGUGAGCACAUGAGCUGAAUGUGACUGCGAGUGAUUUCAAAUAGUAGAAGAUUUCGAAAAAAACGCGUGCGAGCGUCGUAAGUGCAUCUGAUUUGCUUUAGCAUUUAAUAAUUUAUUUUGUUAAGGGUAUAACGCGACGUGAAGCAAAUCGAAGGUAGUAUUUACAAAGAGCUUGUUAAUUCCCCCACAAAAAAAAACAUCAUUCAGUGAUCGAAACGAACAGAGUGUACUUUUCCCCUCCUUUUACUUAGCAAGAAUGUGAUUCACUUCGACAACAGUUUUGGAAUCUUAUAAUCUGAUAAAAAGAAAAAAAAGAAAACAUAGAUUCCAGUUGACACUGCUUCGAGUUUCAUGUUUUAGUGAAAAUCGUCAACCAAAAUAGUAACAAACAAAAAAAAAA